GAGACACCAUAUGGAGUUAGUCAUUGAAUCAGCGUACUUGAUGUAUCGGUACAGCACAUCGACCCCUCAAAGAGUCGAAAUGAUAAAAGAUCCGAAACUUACAAAGCAUAAAAGUUUAUUAUUAGUUCCAUGUGUUCUAUUUGGACCCGCUAGCAUCACAAUCGGGUCGGGUUAUGGUCCCUGCGUCCUACUUCACCUGCAGAACUCUAUACUUGGAACAGUAGCAGUUCCCCUGCAUUUGGAGACUUCAUGGCUCUUCUUUCCUUCAUCCUCAACCAAAACUGCUCCCUCCGAAGGUCCCUCACUUUUGGCUUAAUUCCCUACAUAUCCUCCUCCCUCUUCUCUACUCUUUGCAGAGACCACCCCUCCUCCCCUGCCCCACCGCUGGCCUCUCCGCCGGUCCCAAAGAAAGUACCUUUCACGGUCUCAGCUCAAGGCAGAACGUGGCAGGACCCCUACCGUUGGAUGUCCAACACCGACGACCCUGAUCUCUCCGACCACCUCAACCAGGAAAACUCAUACGCCGAUGCUUUCAUGGCUGACACUCGCAGCCUCCAACGAACUCUGGUCUCUGAGAUGACAAGUCGUGUGCCCACCAAGAUUUCAACCCCUCCUGAGCUUUGGGGACCCUGGUUGUAUUACCAAUACAUUCCAGAAGGGAAAGCAUACCCGGUUCUUUGUAGAAGAUUAGAAAUCAAAAAGAAAGGUUGGAUUAAGAGUUUUCUUUGCUAUGCAAGAGGAGGAUUUGGAAAGGAGGAAGUUUUGCUCGACUGGAAUGAAAUUGCCAAGAAAUAUGGUUAUGUGCAUGUUGGUACGUGUCGAAUUUCACCAGACCACCAUUUCCUAGCCUACACACUCGAUAUCAAGGGUGAUGAGCAGUUCAUUCUUCAAAUUAAGGACCUAAGACGUGGAUGUAUCAUUCCCAAAGUACAUGUUAAUGGUGUUGUUAGCUUGGCAUGGGCUCAGGAUAGCAGUACUCUGUUUUAUACACUAUCAGAUGAGAAUCAACGACCUUACAGGGUUGUCUGCUCAAAACUAGGAUAUGAUGAUAUGGAAAAUAUCACUGUGUUUACAGAAAGUGAUUCCAGCUUCUGUGUGGACAUAACAAGCACAAAAGAUGGCAAGUUUAUAACUGUCAAUUCAAAUUCAAGGACUUCAUCUGAGGUUUAUUUGAUAGAUUCUGCCAACCCAUUAGACAGAUUGCAGAAAGUGUGGAAGCGUGUUCCUGGUGUACAGUAUUUUCUGGAACAUCAUCAUGGAAUAUUUUAUGUUCUUACUAAUGCUCCUUUGCGAGAAAGCAAGGAGUGGUCAGGUGAAGGUUAUUACCUAGCUAGAUGCUGUGUUGAAGAUAUACUGUCAUCUAAUUGGCAGAAUAUCAUCAUUCCAAGUGAAGACUUCAGCAUUCAAGACAUGGACAUGUUUGAUGGGCAUCUGGUCCUUUUUCUCAACAAGAAGGAUUACUCCGUCUUUUGUUCCAUUGAUUUGCCUAUGGCUGUUCAUUGUAAGCAUCAAGUGAAGAUUGAAGAUCUUGAUCCCUGGUUUUUCCCUCUGCCCUCAAAUUCAUGUAGCGUUGCUCCAGGUUCAAACCAUGACUUCCAGAAUUCAGCAUACCGUGUGGUGCUUUCUUCUCCUGUGAUGCCUGAUGUAGUUGUUGACUAUGACAUGUCAACACGGAAAUUCUCAGUUGUGCAGCAAGAAGAAGUGAUGGGCUUUUGUGAUUCAAGCUCACCAGCCAAUGAGAUAGAUAUUAACCAAACUCUUGUUAAACAAAAUGAGAAGGAUAAAAAUGUCCAGAUAAGUGAAUCACAAAGAUGGAAAGACUUUUCUGGUGAAUACUGCUGUGAGAGGAGGGAAGUUAUUUCCCAUGAUGGUGUUAAAGUUCCUUUGACCCUACUGUACUCUCAUACGGCCUGGAAAAAGGGUCGGUCUCCUGGGCUUCUACACGGAUAUGGAGCAUAUGGGGAGGUUUUAGAUAAAAGCUGGUGCACUGAUCGGCUGAGUUUACUUGACCGGGGAUGGGUGGUGGCAUUUGCUGAUGUGAGGGGUGGUGGUGGAGAUUCUUCGUGGCAUAAAGCUGGAAGUCAGUUUAAUAAACUGAAUUCGAUAUACGAUUUUGUAUCAUGUGGCAACUACCUGAUUAAAGAGGGUUAUGUACAUAGCGAUCAGCUUGGUGCUAUUGGACAUAGUGCUGGAGGUCUACUUGUUGGAGCAACUAUCAAUAAGUACCCAGAUCUAUUUCGUGCUGCUAUUUUGAAGGUUCCAUUUCUUGACGUAUGCAACACUCUAAUGGAUCCCAGCUUGCCCCUCACGAUUCUGGAUUAUGAAGAAUUUGGCAAUCCUCAGAUAAAGUCCCAAUUUGAGCAUAUCUUGAGUUAUUCACCUUAUGAUAAUAUCUCUCAAGGCAGUUGUUACCCUUCAAUGCUUGUUACAGCGUCCUUUCAUGACUCGAGGGUUGGGUUUUGGGAAGCUGCCAAGUGGGUGGCCAAAGUUCGAGAUAGCACAUGUCCUCGUUGUUCUUGUUCUGUUAUUCUGAAGACAAAUAUGACCGGAGGACAUUUUGGCGAAGGUGGACGCUAUGCUCAAAAUGAGGAAACUGCGUAUGAUUAUGCUUUCCUUUUUAAAGCUAUGGGGAUGCUGAAGAAUGAAAAAUAAGGCUCACUAUGGAAGCUGGUGUCACAACAUAGCAGUUGCAGAACUCACUCAAGUCCCAGUCAACGCUUGAUGCUCACUUAUCUCACUAACAUAUGCAACAAACGAGAGCACUUCUGAACAAGGUAGAGCAGCUCCAGAUUGACACAGAAUGGUACGGGUUCCUAGUGCAAGCCUCUCCUUGGAUUUCUCCUCAAAUGAAGUCGAUCAGAGAUUCGCCGGCAAAGUUAUCAUCAAAGAUGAUAAAAGCUUAUCUCAGUCGAAGCAUGAAAGAGGCUCUCUCCUCAAAAGGAGUUGAUUGGAGAUUCACUGGCGAAGUCAUAUUUUAAUGUAGCAACAUUGACAUUGCAAAUGGAUUCAUGGCAUUAUUAUUUGAUUGCAAUCCUUGAACCACAUAUAUAAAGACUAGAGGUGCAUUUUUCUUCGGGUAGAAAUUUUGAAUUUUGAAGGAACAUUCUGAUUAUGUUCUCAUGUCUCUCUCUCAAAUGUUUCAUUCCACGUUUUACAUGUGCAAGGUUAUGGAAAGGUAUGUUAAAUGGGUUUGAUUGCUCGAUGGUAACCUUGAAAAGCUUGGAGCAUGAAUACAAAGAGAAUUAACACACUAUCGUUUUAAUUUUGAUCA